UGAGGAACUUGAAGAGUCCUCAGGCCUUCUGUGACGCCUAUAUGGACAUGGCAGAAACCCCAGGUGCUUCCCAGACAGUACCAUGUAACACUCAGCCUUCCCCUGUGGAAUCCAGCCAGCUUGUUUCAGGUCAGAGCUCAGAGAUGCCUACCUGGAAACAAACAGUGAUGGCAUCUUCAUACUUUAACCCAUAUGAGACAGCCUGUACUCAGAACUCAACAGCACACCGAGGAAAAGCCACUGAUUCCUAUUUUGGAGAGCCAAGUGAGACUGCUUCUUUUAUCCAGCAAGUUGUGUCUGCUGAGCAGAAUAAAUCUCCUGAAGGCUCUCUCUUUAUGAAGCUCAACAGUACUGCCACAUCAUGCCUCCCUCAGCCACUGGACACCAGAAAGACUCUCUACAAUGAAGGCUACUGGAGGAGGACACUGAACUCUGACAAGACUCUCUUGAUUCAAAAUACAGACUUGUGUGAGAGUCAGAGGAUUACCUUUGGUAAUCAUCCAGUUGCUCUCUCUGGGAGUCAUGCAGGCCAGGUCCCAAAUGUGGAUCACCUCGAUUCUGUGUGGGACCAGACCUUCGGUGGUGACCUUGAGAUGCCUUUCAGUGAUGACUCUUACUACAGUCAAAUGACAACUAAGUAUGGAGGGCAUUUGACUCUCUAUGAGAGUCAGAUGAUAGCACCCAGUUGUAACCAGGUCCUUGAUACUGAUCAAUUCGUAACCUCCUUUUAUGAACAGAAUCCUUUUGGGGAUCAGCAGAGAAGCCCAGUAACUGAGAACAAAUUCUAUGGAGAUCAGAUGAUAGUUCCCAAUGCAUAUCAGGCUUUCUAUGAGCCUCAGGUGAGAGAUAACUCUGACCAGAUAAAUUUCGACUCUCGGAUGGCAUCCUUCAGUGGUCAAAAUAUCUGCAGUGGUCAGGAGAGCAUCUUCCAGGAUGAGCACUCCCUCUCUGGCUUUCAGACAUCAGGCUACAGAUGUGACCAGGAUUGGAUUAUGAAUCACCAGGUGAUAAGUCCCAUUGGUGGCCAGACUCUUUAUGACUCUCAGAAACCAACCUCCACUUUUAAUACAACUCCUCAUGGGUCUAAGAGAACAACAUCCAGUGCAGAAGACAACCUGGCUUGGCAUCCAGAGACAAGUUCCAGUUCUGAAGAAACACUGUACAUGGGGCAGAUGAGGGCCUCCGUUGAUCAGAACGUUUACGCAAGUCAGAAUGGAACAGCAAAUACUGAAGAAAGCCUAGAACCUGAAGUGACUUCACUUAGUAACCAAGCCCCAGAUGUCGGAGAAUCUUCAGAUUCUUCAAGUUCCCCUUUGAUCCGAAUACAAUCUCAGGGAAUCUCUUCAGCUUCUGGUUUGGACCAGGGACAACAUCCACAAAUAAGGUUAGACCUCAAGACCCAGAGCCCUGUGUCCCCGGAGAAGCCUCCUACCUUGAAGCGAUACUCCUGUACCUACCAGGGUUGUGAGAAAUCUUACACAAAGUCUCACCACCUCAAGGACCACAUGAGGAAACACACUGGAGAGAAGCCUUUUGUGUGUGAUCAGAUUGGAUGCAAUUGGAAAUUCUUCCGUUCAAUAGAUCUCAACAGGCACAAAAAAAAGCAUAGUGGGGAGAGGCCCUAUGCCUGUCCCAAGUGCAACAAAAACUAUUCCAGACCUUAUUACCUUAAGCAGCAUCAGGUGAGCCACAUUCAAGCAUUGCCUACCACUGCAAACUGAUUGUUCACAAACAAUAUCUUCCCUAAAGUAGCUUAAUUGUUUCCUACCUUCAACUCUAUCAACAAGAAGGAGAUUUUAAUUUUGUGUUUAGAUGGCAAAACAAACAAACAUUUAGAAUAAGAAA